GGGUAGAAAUGUGCCUGGCAUCUGCGCGCCGUGGGCGGGAAUAGACAUGUUUAUAAACCCCAGUGUGCGCGCCGUGGGCGGGAAUACGAGAUUGAGAAGCUGAAGACAGAGAGGGAGAAGAGGAGAGAGGACGCGCAGCGGCGGUGGCGGCGGCGGCUGUGGCUGACUGGAGCUAGUUGGAGGAGGCGCGGCUCCCCCUGCCCCUCCAUCCCAGCACCUGCAUGGACGACCACCUCAGCCUCCUUCACUCGCCUCCGCCUUCCUCAGCCAAGCACAGGGGCAACAACAUCGUGAACCACGGUUACACCGAGACCGAGCAGGACAUCAUGACAGUUGUUGCUUGCGAUAACAUGUUGGAGGAGACGGCAGCGCUACCGGGGCACCAGUCUUUGGACCGCUAUGAGCCCGACCACGAGUGCUGCGAGAGGGUGGUCAUCAACAUUUCCGGCUUGCGCUUCGAGACGCAACUCAAAACUCUCGCACAGUUCCCCGAGACUUUGCUCGGGGACCCCAAAAAGAGAAUGCGCUACUUCGACCCCCUGAGAAACGAAUACUUUUUCGACAGGAACCGUCCCAGCUUCGAUGCCAUCCUCUACUACUACCAGUCAGGGGGGCGUAUCCGGAGACCUGUUAACGUCCCCAUUGACAUUUUCUCUGAGGAAAUACGGUUUUAUGAACUCGGCGAGGAGGCGAUGGAGAAAUUCCGGGAGGACGAGGGGUUCAUCAAAGAAGAAGAACGUCCUUUACCCAGCAAUGAAUUUCAGAGGCAAGUGUGGCUGUUGUUUGAGUACCCCGAGAGUUCGGGUCCAGCCCGGGGAAUCGCCAUCGUCUCCGUGCUGGUCAUUUUAAUCUCCAUCGUAAUAUUCUGUCUGGAAACUUUGCCCGAAUUCCGGGACGACAAAGACCCCAGCACCGUAGCGCCCAUUAUAAACGGAACGGCCCCCUACCUCACAAGUCCUUUCUCGGAUCCUUUCUUUGUGGUAGAGACACUGUGCAUAAUCUGGUUCUCGUUUGAACUGCUGGUCAGGUUUUUCGCCUGCCCCAGCAAAGCCACGUUUUCGAAAAAUAUCAUGAACAUUAUCGACAUCGUGGCCAUCAUCCCUUAUUUUAUCACACUGGGGACUGAGCUAGCGGAGAGACAGGGGAACGGGCAACAGGCGAUGUCCUUGGCCAUUCUCCGGGUAAUCAGGCUCGUGAGGGUCUUUCGCAUUUUCAAGCUCUCCCGGCACUCAAAGGGGCUUCAGAUUUUGGGACAGACACUGAAGGCCAGCAUGAGGGAGCUGGGACUUUUGAUUUUCUUCCUCUUCAUCGGGGUUAUUCUCUUCUCCAGCGCCGUCUACUUCGCCGAAGCGGACGACCCUGACUCCGGCUUCAACAGCAUCCCCGAUGCGUUCUGGUGGGCUGUGGUCACCAUGACAACAGUCGGCUACGGAGACAUGCACCCUGUAACUAUAGGGGGUAAAAUCGUCGGGUCCCUGUGUGCAAUCGCGGGCGUGUUAACCAUUGCCCUGCCGGUGCCAGUGAUUGUGUCUAAUUUUAACUACUUCUACCACAGAGAGACGGAGGGGGAAGAGCAGGCACAAUACUUACACGUUGGCAGCUGCCAACCUUUGUCCUCCAAUGAGGAACUAAAAAAGACACGUAGCACGUCCUCUCUCAGCAAGUCGGAGUACAUGGUCAUAGAGGAAGGAAUCAACAGUGCUUUCAAACAGCCCAACUUCGCCGCACAGAACAAUCAGAACUGCGUGAACAUCAAAAAGAUUUUCACAGAUGUGUAAACGUUUAGGCAAAGACAGAAGCGAUAUAAAUAUUACGACUACUACUUCUACCAAUAAUAAUCGUGACGUGUCAGUGCAAGUCUGUCGUGUGGAGGCAACGCCAUAGGUAUAUCAAUGUGUCCUUUGAGUCCGUAAGCUGUCGAGUGCAUUCCAUUUGCUGCGGAGAGGCAGGUCGAGGAUUACGCUAGUUCAACAAAGGCUUCAUGUUCUGCGUUCGUUCAUUUAAAUGGAAUAACAAUCACCCGCUGUUCCGCCAGACAGCUCUCAUUUUAAUUUCCAUAAAGACAACAGCGAUGUUAGCUUCCAGUGUUAAAUUCUGAUGGUUACGUGGAAUUUUACUUACUAAUUGAGGUGUCAUCAUGGAGUAAUUAUAUCAAUAAUAUUUUAGCUAAAUGAACGCAAAGAAACUUGAAGAUGCUUUAUUCUGA